AGGAAGAGUCGCGUCAUGCCCAGACUAUGCAAGAUCUUCGUCAACGUCGCGAUAUUUGCCUUUCACAAGCAGUAAGUGCUUGCAAUCGUCGUACAUUUUAUAACGUAUAGCUCAGUGUUUAUAACCAACAUACCUGAAGUUAAGAGAUUUUUCUUGACAUAACACCCUAUAAAUAGUACAGUAUAAUACAUAUAGUAAUAGUACACAUGCGAACAUGUUUAGUUUUUUGGUAUUGUCCAUGCACCUUUGACGCCCAUAUUUAUACGCGGGUACAUGUUUCACACACAGGGAGGGGGCAUUGCUUUCCCCCAGACCCCGUAAAGCCUAUCGAUGUGCAUAGCCAUAUAGUUAUCCUUUCUGGUAUUGGUAAGAUAUAUACCAUUGUAGUUAUGUUAAAAUUAAUUGGUUAAUUUUAAAUAGCCCAUAGAUUGGUUGUCUACAGUUGGUUGUAUAUACAGUUAAAGUACAGCCAUGCAGAGUUGCGAAAGUAUUCAACCUCCUUCCGAGUAAAAUAUCAGGUUUUCAAACCUUCCUCAAAAUUAUGUGGAUCAUGGCUUUUUCAAUUUGCCCAAUAUAUAAAUUUUUUCAUUCAAAAUCGGCCUCUUCUGACUAUAGUAUGUAUUGUGCUCGCAUACCGACAAUCACUACAGGCUGGCCACUGCUAGCGAAUAUAUAUGUUACAAUUGCUACAGAAACACGGUCGCCAGAAAGUAGAAUGUUACACAUUAAACUUCCUCACUGGCCUCAUGUAUAGUAAACCUUCCUCACGCGAAACAGCAGCUUUUGUGUAACCCUGAUGCCAUGCACCGUAUUUUAAUUAAUGCAAUUAAUUAAAUAACUAUUUAAGCGAAUUUGUUCGCGCGAAACGAAGCGAAAAACACUUCUUGGCAAUGCGAUUGGUCAACGAAAAAAUUCGCCGCGAAAAAGUUGGAUGAGUUCCUACUUUAAGCCCAGUGGAAGAUGGGCUUAAUAUAACAUUUAUUCUGAUUUGUUUCAAGGUAACAGCACUCAUUUGUGGAUUUGAAGCUAAAGUUUACACAUCGUUGUUGAACGAAAGUUUUAUGAAACAACUUUGUCAAAUUGGUGUCUUAGCAGAAUUUGAAUGUCUCCUUAGUACUUACGGUAAGUUUAACUAGAGUAUCAAAUUCUUUCAAGAGACUUUGUGGGAGUGUAUUUUAAAGAGAUUACGUAAUAUGUGUAUACUGCAUUGACGUGUAUUUGCAAUUACUGCACAUUUCGUGGAAUGAAUUGAAAUUCCAAAUCUAAGAUACUGCAUGUCAGCAAUUUAUAAUAUCCUCGCCAUCACAAUAAUUAUAUGAAACCUUGAGAGCGCACUGAAUCUCAUUGUAUUUGUAUACGAUGCAUUAUCGCGCAGCAGAUGGCGUUCAAAUGGCUGUAGUAUAUCAUAGUGAUAGUAUAUCAAUAACGAAUUUUUUCAUUCAUGCAAUGGAUGUUAUUAAAUUAUUUAUCAAAUGAAAUACGUGAUGUUCAAAAUGAAGAAAACGUUCCAACUUGCAAGUCCCAAAAAUUGUUUAAUGAAGGAAUAAUAUUGCCUGAAAUCAACAUUAUCCGUAACUGAUUUGUAAAAAAAUAAUAUAUUUUUACACCCGCCAUUUUGCUUCGCACAAGCUAUGGAUUUGCAUAAAUUCUAUCGGCCUCGUUAUAGAAUCAUGCAAGCAUUAAAUAGCGGCGACCGCGAUAAGAUUAGCAUUUUGAGUUACUGUAUUUAAUGAAAACCAAACGUAUGGAAAAACGUGUAGAACCAAAAUCCAUGGCUGAACCGCAUGUAAUGGAACUUUUCAUAGCUUGAUCAUGAAAAUGUUUUUUUCAAUGUCGCGUGGUCAUAAUCAUCCAAUUAAUUGACGAGAGUUUAAUGAGAUAUCAUAUAAUACACCCUUUCGAUAAUUAAGUUACACAUACUUUUUGGUCUUCAACUUGGAGCCUCGCUCUCGUUAGUAAAUUACGCAAAGUGAUUGGCUCACGAUUCAUGAGAGCGAGGCUCCCAGGCCAAAUGACGUAAUUAUCGAAAGAUGCAUUAAAACCUCUAUUGUUAUAUUUUAUUUAUUUUACAAGUUUGCCAUUGCAAUAGAUCUAUAGACUACUAUAGUUACAAGUGACUGGAACAAACAAACGAACGAACAAACAAACAAACAAACAAACAAACAAACAAACAAACAAACAAACAAACAAACAAACAAACAAACAAACAAACAAACAAACAAACAAACAAACAAACAAACAAACAAACAAAAACUAAAUUUAAUGCAACAUGUUCGAUUUGAUAAGUUCAUUAGUGGGUGAGUGGUGUGACAUUUAAUACAAACAUUUAUAUUCCUUAUUAUCCAUGUUAAUCAUGUCACUCUUGCAGGUGAUGAAAUGGGAAUGUUAGAAGACAUGUCCAUUGCAAUACGUGAUCUUUCAGCUGUCAAGUUUAAGGUUUGUUUAGCUGAUUAUGGAACAAUGUGUAAAUUAGCCUGCAAAGCAGGCAUAAAAUACAAGAAAAAAGACAAAAAUCAGAAUUUUAGAUUUAUCAUAAAUGUUGAGAUUUUAGAGUAGCAUUGAAUAUCUUUACUUUAAAUGAAUAAAUACUAUAACUAUAUGUGUGAAGAUCUUUUCCUGCAAUUUAUAAUUAUUUAUACAAUUUUAAUUUACAAGGUUUGUGUAUUCUUUUUCAGUUUGCGUGUUCUGAUAGCGACUCUAUUCCUUAUGUUACUGGAACAAGGUAUUCACAAUUUGUAUAUAUUACACUACAGAAAAUUUUACUUGAGUGUAUAUAAUUUCACCUGUGUAUGUUUUUCCGUAGCACUGACAAGGUGGAUCAAACAAUAUUUUAUCAUAUAAUAUCACAUGUAAUUUUAUUUUAAGGACAAACAUUCAAGUUACCAUUCUCCUCGAAACAGAGUAUUUCUGUUAUUUACCCAAAGAAUUGCAAGAAGGAAAAUUAAUUCAAGUUUCAUCAGUUCUCUUUACUCAAGGAAUCAAUGAACAUGCGACUUUGGCUGAAAGGUAAACGAGUGCACUUCCUACGCCACUUCCACAAUGGAACCAAGUUUAAAUAUUCCUUAAUGUGCAUCACUGACAAUAAGCUUUUAAAGCAUGCAGGGCAUAGUCUACCAAGAUUUUAUGAUGAUCUGGAAACAAAACAGAAGUCAUUGUGUGUUUGUCUGAGUUUAUGUUAAUUUUUGUACAGUCACAGUAAUUGAGCUCAUUGUAUUUUCAUAUAUAUUGAAGUAAUCCUUCAGUAAGGAUUUGUGCACGGGGCGGUCCAGUUCAACAUCUAACAAAGGUCUUAUAUCUUGUGAUUUCGAAGCUUCCAGACAAUGAUAUCUUGACAGACUAUGUGCAGGGGAGCCAUUUAUAGGUGUGUAUGGCAUGCAUGGAUAUGCAGUAGAGUGUGCUUAUGUGUAUGGGUGGCACUUCAUGCAUAUACAACUCACCAUGCACGCAUAUACAACUCGUCAAACUUUCGAAUAAUCCAUUGAACAACGGUUAAACAGCAACCUGUAAUUGGCACAUUGCAUUUUAACCCCUAUUGAGGACAUCCAUUUGUUGGCCCCUCCCUUUGAAUUUCGCAGAUUUGUAUUGAAUUUUUAGCCUCCCCUGUGGAAUUUCCACAACUUUUUUUAACUUCUACUGACCCAUCCCAUAAAAUUCCUUGACAAUUUCUGACCUAUUCAAUUUGUGACCUAUUCUAUUUUAUUAAUUUCUCGAUUAGUUGCUAUCCCUUGGAAAAUUCCUUGCUGAUUUUUUACCUAUCCUCUGGAAUUUCUUUUCCAUUGUUGAUCAUUCCAUGGAAACUCCAUAAGUUUUAGUCACUUUUUAUACCUACACUGUGGAAUUUCCACAGAUUUGCCUUUAAAAUGGGCCCUCUCAUGGAAAUUCCUUCAUUUUUUGUUCACUUUUUUUGGGGGGGCUAUUGGAAAUAACGAUGUCCUCCAUGAGGAGAUGGUUGGUUUAAAAAUGCAAUGUGCCAGCCAAUAAGACACAUUUGAGUUUUACGAAUGCAGCCUCCAAGUGCUCUCGGUUCGUUGCCAACAACUAAUGUCUCACGCACAAAUAAAAGCUCAGUGCUUAACAUGUCUUGGACUACCAUAUAAUUUUUUUAAUUUUUUAACUACUGGAUGAUUGUGAACACUGGGUAUAGUUAUGAGCUCAUUUAGUAUAUGCAUACGAGCUGGAGUGUUCCAACCCGUGUACCUUCUGACUCAACAUACGAACAUUACUUUAAAAUCCCUUGUCAACUUUACCAUCGGACCUGGCUCUAAUUGAUAGCUGAAUAACUGUGUAACAAAGCUGUGGCCACCAUUUUUCGAUCAUGAAAGCAUAGUAGGAUAUAGGUUGAGUAUAUAAUUGCAUGACAUUUAAGGCAAAAAAGUUCAAACAGCUAAGAUUUCCAGAAACAAAAGGAGGUCAUAUGGUGGGCCUGGUGACGGCCCAAAUCCCCACCACCACCACCACUGUUUACACUAUGUAUAUUUUUUAAGGUUUGGAGAUACAUCACUACAAGAGGCGAUCAAUGAUGAACAUUUCAGUUACAUUAAUUUAUAUUACGAGAAGUUCCGGGAACAUUUUCCUGAAGAAGGUCUGUGUUCAAUCAUUAAUACCAUUAAAUGCAGAGCUCAAUAAUACUUUUCCUAGAUGUUGGUCUUACUGUAUGCAUACAGGGGUACAACUUUCAACGUCUGCCAUGUGGGCGAGAUUUUUUAAAUUUGCCUUAAAAGUCGAAGAAAUAUUGCAGUAAAACUACUUUGAUAUGCAUCUGUAAUACGCUUGAUGUGCAAUUGUCCAUUGGUCCAAUUUAUGUGACGAGGUAGUCUUUGCUCGUGGUAGUCUUUCCUUAUAGUUAUCCAGUCGGAUAUAACUUUUGACUGGCCAACCGAAAAACCAAUCGAGUGGAAAAAUUAUCGGUAUAUACUGUAUAAUGUAUCUUUCUAUCCAUUCUAGCAAACGCUGUAAACCCCAGAGAACCUGCUCUAUAUGUUCUAAUGGAACAUCUUAAAACAAGCAUCGCCACCAAGAAAAGCAAGAAUGUCGAAAUCUUAUUUCUUGCACAAGAGGUGGGUAAAAUGUGGAAUACAAAUUAAAUUAUAUAAUAACUCCAGUGAAACACGCAAUCUGAUUGGUCAAUACCCGUGCAGGGUGUGUCAGUCCUGCAAGGAAAAUUGAGAUGCCUUCCGCGGAGUUUUCAAAAUGUCGGACAAAGAAAAUAUUUAAAUGCGUGAAAUAAACAAUAACAGUAUAUUAAACGAGCGGCAAGUUCACCAAAACAGUGAACAAAGGUUUACAAUAAGAACUGUAGAGAGUGGAUUAACUUGACCAUUGUUUCACUAGCAUGUAGUUAUUUUAUAAAACAAUUACCGAAUGGGUUUUUUCGUGCAUAUUUUUGCUAUUAUAGAAUAUAGCAAAAAUAGCUCAUUUUCAAACCACGAUAACUCUUCAGUUUUAUGGAGUAGAUUCAUGUUUUAAAGUAUCAUUAUAAAGAGUAAACACUCCUGAAUUCACUCAUAUGAUUUUAUUUUAGUUUCCUUGGAAAAAAGUACAAUUUACUCGCGAAUAAUUCAAUGCCUCUUUCAAGGUCAUGUUCAUUGACCCAAAACAUGCAUAAAUACAAUGGGGAUUUAACAUAAGUAAAAUGCGAUAUAUAUGCAAAUGCAAAAGUUAUCAAAACAUACCUUUGAGAAAACGAGAUCUUCACAGCAAAAAUCGCAAUAUAUUUCAACAGGUUUUAAUCGAACGGCGCGUUGAGAAUAAAUAUCUUGAAUAAUAAUGAGCCGCAUUGAUUUGCGCGUUGCAUUUCGGGAAGACCCUCAUUCCUCCUCUGGGAUGUGCUAUAAUCAUCCUUCCUUGCAGCUGAGAGCUAAGCUGAAUUACGAAGGACGCAGCUUAACCUGAUCGAGUCGAAGGCUUUCUAAGGGCGCCUCUGGCAGCCACCUUAUGACUCAUGUCUGAUCACGGAGCACAGCGACGAUGGAAGGGUCAGUUAGGGGGAUAAUCCCAACCCACCCUGUCAACAUUCCCCGUGGAAGGAAACUGGAGUACCCGGAGAAAACCCACGACUUUCGGUAGAACGUUGACUCACUCUUUUCACAUAAGUGUCAUGCAGGAGUCCGUAGCGAGAAUCGAACCCACGAUCUCAGAGGUGAAAGGCGCUUGCUCUGACGGUUGCGCCACCGAAGCCCCAAGGUUUCUCUGAUUGGUAACCUCCCCGACAUAACGUAGCGACGCAACGUAGCGAAAUGCGCGCUAUAGAGGAUAUUAGCAGCCGCCUGCAUGUAUUAACGAAACACCUACUAAGAACACCGCGGAAAACGUCUGCGCAUGCGUCAACCUUUAUAUGUGAACGUGGUGUCAAAAAUGUCAAGUAUUCCGAAGGUUGUCAAAAACUCAAAAUGGAAGCGACAAGGAGCGACUUCGAUGUUUUGCCUUUUCUGUGAAAAUGAAAACGGAAUAAUGAAUGUGACAACCUUAAAACUAGAAAUAAUUACAGUCCACAUGUGCAAGAAGAAGUAUUAUGCCAGAAAAUGAUCCAAAGGUGACUGUCGUCGAAAAACAUAUUAUUGUGUAAAACAUUCUUUAAUUAAACCAUACAAAGAUAUUUUUCGUAGGUUCAUAUGAUCCACAUUUUUGUCAUUAACUUUUUUUGCGUGGCAUGUAUAAUUUUUGCGUUGACUAUAUUUAUCGUGUACAAAAUGCUUAAACUAUUUCAUAGUUUUCGUAACUUUUGUGUCUUAAGUUCGGCAUUCAACAAUUUUUCAAGAAACUUUCACACGCCUCCAGGUCUAAAACUAGAAUUUUUAAUUUAAAUUCUGUUUCUUUUUAGAUUUUAAGUGUUAGAAAACUUUUUAUUAAUGUCUAAGCUACCCGUCUAGUGUAUUUUUUGUUUGUUUCAUUUGCCUUAAAUAAUUAAAUAGACUUGUUCUUGUUUACAAUUUCGCAUUUAAAUUCCUCGUCAUUUUUUCUAGUACACGCGUAUGCGCAGACGUUUUUCCGCGUUUUUGUGCUCCUUUAUAUGAAGAAAAAAAAAAUUGAGGUGUGUACAUAAGCUUUAGUUAUUUUAUCUCACUUUGAUUAGUUUGAUAUGCCACGUUUCUUUAGAUUUGUUGGGGAAUGAAUGGUAUUCGUUUUACCAGCUGUAAAAGUGCCAAAGAUAGAACUUCAAUGUCCGUCACUUUAGAACAAUGUUCAAUACUGAAACGUAAACAUAAUCUUCAGCCUGAAAUAUUUAAUCAAGCCAUAGAUGUCAUGCGAAGGUAAGUCAUUUCUUACUAUUGAGGUUGUGGCAUAACUAUACAUAAUACAUUUUUUUUGGAAGGGCUUCUUUCAUAAAUCCCAUCACACAUCGUUAGCCCGAUUUGAGGGUUUAAAUUCAUGUUAGAACGAGAAACAGUCAGUGGUAAUAGCAACUGAUGCAACUUUCGAAUUUUCCCGCUAACCAAUCACAUUGCGUAAAUUUGUUUUUCGCUUGGCUUCGCGCGAACAAAUUUGCUUAGUAGAAAGCGGGCUUAAUUUCCAUCUGCAUUACAAAUCAUCGUUGCAAAUCGUGCUGUGUAACAUCGCCCUUAGCUUCAUUCAAAGCUUUAGGUUCAGCAAUACCUGUAGUACAUUUAAUGUGAUACUUUUGUGAGUGAAGCAAUCUUAUACCAUGGGCAAGGCAACAUAUUAAAUGCACCUGAGCUACAUUUUCUUGAACAUUUCAGUGGAGGAACACGACGUGACAACUGUUUUAAAAACGCUGGUAUACGACGUUAUGCCUUCAAUUACUGGCAAGUUAUGGCGUUACCUCGUCUAUACCGACCUCCAGAUGGAACAUAUGGCAAGAAUAUACAAGCCUGAAGCGAAUAGUGUACAGUAAUAAUUAUUAAUAUGUAUUGUAUUCACUAUAUUCGUACCUUAAUUCUGAAUGGUCAGCAGCUUCAGCUAAAUAUGGAAAUCACGCAACCUAGAUAUAACACAGUUAUCCACUAGCAGAUCAGAUCUGAGUUAUGUGUAGAUUGAGCCCACGAAAUUUAAUUUUGUAGCAAGCAGCAGUUUUCAUACACAACAUGAAGAAACGGCGUUAAGUGAAUGUGAUUUGUACAAAAAGCAGACCUUUUUGACAUUUUAUCGGAACUCUAGUAGGUACAUAAGAUUUCUAAUAAUUAUUUUCAUGUUCUAAUUGAGAUAUUUUAAAUCGUUUUACUGCUUUUUGUUUGAGAACCAAACGUUAUUUUGUGCGAAAAUCAUUGUUUGUCGAAAACGUUAAUGAAAACGCAAUGUAUACAUAUACAAUACAACAGUUAUUGAAGUCUCAACUCAGCUCGACUGAUAACACUUUCCUCGAACUCUCGAUAUCACAGAAACCUCAUCCAAUAACUGUUUAAUAUAACAAAGGUAGGAAUUGAAUAACGGAGAGAAACGUGAAUAAUGAAAUAAUUAGAGCCUAGCUAAUACCAAGCUGUAAAAAAUACCAAAGCUGCAGAGUUGCAAAAAAGCUGCAGGUAUGCGGGUACCACCCGUGAAAAAGGUUUACCAUAUGUGAGGUCAGUGAGGAAGGUUUAAUAUAUACUGGGCCCACCUGAAUAAACGUCUGUUGGCAGGCUAGGUUUAAUAUGAAACACUCUACU